AUGCAAACAGGAAACAACACGGUGAACAUCUUCCUACUCACAGGGCUUACAGACCUUCCUCAGGUGGAAAUUGCCCUCUUUGUGAUCUUCUGUGCUGUCUAUUCCACCACUCUGGUGGGGAAUCUGGGCAUGAUUCUCUUAAUCAGGUCCACCUCACAACUUCACACCCCCAUGUACUUCUUACUUGGCAACCUCUCUUUCUUGGACAUCUGUUACUCCUCAUCUGUCACCCCAAAGUUCCUAAGCAAUCUCUUAAAAGUUAAAAAAGAAAUUUCUUUUGCUGGUUGUUUUACUCAGCUUUUCUUUUAUGCUGCAUUUGGCACCACUGAGGGUUACCUGCUGGCAGUGAUGGCCUAUGACCGCUAUGUGGCUAUCUGCAACCCACUGCUCUACUUAAUCACCAUGUCCCAAAGAAACUGUAUGCAGCUAGUUGCUCUUUCCUAUGCAGCUGGGACAGUAAAUGCUUUGGUGCACACUGUUGCUGCAUCAAGGCUAUCGUUUUGUGGACCAAACAUAAUUAAUAAUUUUUACUGUGAAAUUCCUCCCAUACUGGAGCUGGCCUGUUCAGACAUCGGUCUCAAUGAAAUUUUGCUCUUUGUCUUUGUUGGGUUCAAUAUAAUAAUAACCAUUACAAUUGUUCUCACCUCUUACACCUACAUCCUGGUCACUAUUUUAAAAGUCGAUUCCACUAAGAGCCGAAGAAAAGCCUUUUCCACCUGCACAUCUCACCUCAUGGUUGUCACCAUUUUCUAUGGCUCUGUUAGCUUCAUGUAUACACGUCCCAGUUCUAGGCAGAAUCACCACCUUGAUAAAAUAGCCUCUGUGUUCUAUAUAGUGGUGACUCCCAUGCUGAACCCUUUGAUCUACAGUCUGAGGAACCAGGAAGUCAGGAGUGCCUUCCGAAAAAUCCUGGGAAGAAAAGCUGCUUUUCAGUCUAGGAUGAUGCCUUCCAUAUAAGUUAGACCUUCUCCAGAUCACAGGAGAUAACACUUCAGGUAAAAGCAGCUCUGAUAGA